CCACUGAGUGACCUUCUCGUCGAAGCUCUCGUGCCGCUACUAGUCCGGCGGGUCCAGCACCGAUAACCGCCACGUGGUGUGAUCUGGUUGGUGAUAAUGCAGACGUAGAUUGCCACGUUUUGGUUGAUAGAGAGAAAUGCUUUUAUUAUAUAACUUGUGUCAUUGUAUUUCUUCUCCACCGAGACAGUGAAACAUCAAUCAAUAUGAGCAAUCAUCAAACUGUGAGAUUUCUUUUCUCUCAUUUUGCCCUUCCACUUUCUUGAUGAUUGUUUGUUUUUUUUGUGGACAGAAGCAGGUAUUGAAGCAAUUGGAGCCAUGGUGUGAACUUAAAGAUAAAGUGGUUCUUGUGACAGGUGCUUCCUCUGGUAUAGGGAGAGAGAUCUGUCUUGAUCUAUGCAAAGCUGGUUGUAAGAUUGUAGCAGCAGCUCGUCGUGUUGAUCGUCUCAACUCUCUCUGUUCUGAAAUCAACAGCUUUGGUGCUAUCGGAGUCCAAGCCGUAGCACUUGAGCUAGACGUUUCAUCAGAAGCAGACACUAUUCGAAAAGCGGUUAAAGAAGCUUGGGAAACCUUUGGAAAGAUCGAUGUUUUGAUCAAUAAUGCCGGAAUCAGAGGCAAUGUCAAGUCGAGUUUGGAUUUGUCAGAAGAAGAAUGGGACAAAGUCUUUAGAACCAACUUAACCGGAUCUUGGUUAAUAUCCAAAUACGUCUGCCUUUUGAUGCGUGACGCUGAGCGCGGGGGCUCGGUGAUUAACGUCUCGUCGAUCUCUGGGCUUCAUCGCGGUUUGUUGCGCGGUGGACUAGCGUAUGCUUGUUCCAAAGGUGGUGUUGACACCAUGACGAGGAUGAUGGCUAUUGAGUUAGCUGUUUAUAAGAUCAGAGUGAACUCGAUCGCACCGGGGAUUUUCAGGUCAGAGAUCACACAAGGUCUUUUCCAGAAAGAGUGGCUCAAGAAGGUUACGGAAAAGGUUGUACCAUUAAAGAUGCAACAGACUGUGGAUCCGGGGCUUACAUCUCUUGUUCGCUAUCUCAUUCACGAUUCUUCUCAAUAUGUCACCGGGAAUACAUACAUUGUCGAUUCCGGAACUACACUGCCCGGUGUGCCCAUUUUUUCUUCUCUUUCUCCGUAGAUUCAA